GGGGAGGAAGAGGCAGAAACUCCACUUCUCCUCGCUUGAGCUGGCAGCAGCAUCUCCUGUUGCUCUUCACCUUUCCCUGGGUGCUGAGGGCUGGUAGCAUCUGGGGAUGAAGCUCUUGGCUUUCCUCCUCCUCAUGCCAGGAGCUGUGAUGAACAUCGAAAGGGAGCGAGAAAAAGCCUCUCUCCUCUACCCUUAUGGUCUGGAGCAGAAUGACCAGAAGAACCCCAAACUGGAUGAUGGGACAUCCCAGGAGCUCUCCCUGGCUGUGCCCUUCACCUUCUAUGGCAAGGAGCAACGGAGCCUCUACGUGAACAACAACGGGGUGAUCUCCUUUGGCACCAGGCUCAAACAAUACACCCCAGACCCCCUGCCCAUGGUUGGUGGCCCCCCAUUCUUGGCUCCUUUCUGGGGGGACGUGGACAACGUGCAGGGAGGGGACAUCUUCUACCGGGAGAGCAGCGAGGCGACGCUGCUGGCACGGAUCACCCAGGACAUCAACCAGUACUUCCCUGACAUCCCUUUCACUGCCACUUGGGCUUUCCUGGCCACCUGGGACCACGUGGCCUACUAUGGCUCCACCACCAAUAAGGGCAACACCUUCCAAGCUGUCCUGACCACAGACACCAAAACCUCCUUCACCAUCUUCAACUACUGGGACAUCCAGUGGACGACGGGGGCAGCGAGCGACGGUGACGAGGAAACUGGUCUUGGAGGGACCCCAGCCCAUGCUGGUUUCAACAGUGGAGAUGAAGAGAACUUCUACAACAUCCCUGGCUCUCAGACUGAUGCCAUCCUCAACAUCACCCAGACAUCCAACAUCAACGUCCCAGGCCGUUGGGUCUUCCAAGUGGGUGACUUCAAGGUGACAGAAGGUCCCACCAAGGUGCCCAAACCACCUCCCAGCAACAACAACUGCUGGUUGUGAAUCGAGAUGGUUGAGGCAGAAGGACCAUCCUCAUCAUCCCCAUGGCCCAAUGUUGGAGGGGAUGAGCUCCCACCAUGUCCUACCAGAGCAAUAAAGCAGCA